CACACACGCACUGAACGAACGAACGAGCGAACGAGCGAACGAUGGUGUCCACGAUCGCACCCACCAAUACCCACACGACCAUGGACGACGCGGACGCCGAGCAGUGGGAGGCGGAGUACGAGCAAUCGCCCUGCGCGCCCGCGUGCGCGCCGCCGACGGACACCUCGCCGUACCCCAACCCGCCCGCCACCCCGAGCACCACGUUCCCCUCCAUCCCGCCGCCGUCCGCGCCCUUCCCGGAACGCGCCACGCAUGUGGUGCCCGCGGCGUGGGGGCGGUGCACGCCCGCGGUGCCCGUGCCGGACCUCGGGGGGAAGGGGAGGAGGAAGGAGAGGGUGCGGGAGGUGGCGGAGGAGUUGGUGGGGAUGAAGGAAAGGUGGGGGAGGGGCGAGGGCGGGGGAGGGGCAGGGGCAGGUGCAGGGGAUGAGAGGGUGCUGUGGCUUUGCGUGAAUCGGUAUGCGCCGGCGAGGGGGGAGGGCAGGGGCGUGACGCUGUUCUUUGCGCAUGCGAUCGGGUUCCCGAAGGAGAUCUGGGAGCCGACGAUAGCGCGCCUACUCGCGCACACCCGCGGGCGCGUCGACAUCGCGGAGAUCUGGUGCAUCGAGUCCGUCCAGAACGGCGACUCGGCGCUGCUCAACGACGGCAACCUCGGCGGCCUCUACGACUGGCAAGACCACGCGCGCGACAUCCUCGCCUUCCUCACCGCCUACCUCCCCGCCUCCCCGUCCUCAACAUCCUCAUCUCUACCAACCUUCCUCCCGCGCGUCCCCGCCCCCCUCUCCGCCCACCGCGCCCAACACGGCUACACCUCCCGCACGCUCGUCGCCAUCGGCCACUCCUUCGGCGGGUGCACCACCGCGCUCGCCGCCACCGCCCGCCCCGCCCUCUUCUCCGCGCUCGUCCUCGUCGACCCCGUCAUCAUCCCGCACGGCUGCUACCCGCCGCGCACCGUGCGCGGGCUCGUGCGCGGCGCGCUCGCGCGGAGGGAGGGGUGGCGCAGCAGGGCCGAGGCGCGGCGCGUGCUGGACCGCAGCCCGUUCUUCGCCGCGUGGGACCCCGAGGCGCUGGGCGUGUACGUCGAGUGCGGGCUGGUCGCGCAGGAGGGCGCGGGCGCGGGCGUGCGGCUGAAGACGAGCGGCGUGCAGGAGGCGAUCCUGUUCACGGACACGCGCGUGCCCGCGGAGACGUUCGAGCGCCUCGCCGCGCUCCCGGCGCGCGUCGCGCUGCACUGGGUCAUGCCCGGGCGCCCCGCGGAGCUCGGCCGCCGCGAGAUGGGCGAGCGGUGCUGGCGGCGCAGGGCGAAUGCGGGGAACGUGGUCGUGGAGCGCGCGUCGCAUUUGGUCGGUGUCCUUGUGUUCUUCGUGCUGGGGGCGCGCUGAUCGAUUUGGGGCGGGUAGAUCGUGCAGGAAUGUCCUGGGGAGCUCGCGUUGGAUCUUGGGCGCUUCUUGACUGAGCGGUGGGGGCGCAGGAGGGGACGGGGGACGGGGACGGGGAGGGAGGUGGCGGCGAGGUUGUGAUCUCGUCCCACACCGCUGGCCGGGACUCUGGGAUUCAUGGACUUGUACAACCACACAAACACAAGCACAAGCGGCGGCGAUAUCUGUUCUCAUCGAGUUUCAUAUGUUUGAAGUAGUGUACUGUGGUGGUAAUGUAGGAGGGGGUCUUGAAUAUCAAGGAUGGAUGGAAGGGUAUGAUAGAGGAAGGGAGGUAAUUGUGUAGAGUAGUGUAUACGUAUCGUAAAGUGAGUUAUCGUUAUUUGAUGUGUAGGUACUUCGCUGUGUAACGUCUUUACGGGACGGCUGUCCAUGCAGCUUGG